UGCCCACCCUCUUCCUUGACCACCUGUGUUCAGACCUUGUCCUUGACUAUCUUGCUCCUUCGGAGGCCUCGGGAGGAGCAGACAGCGUCGCGUGGAGGCGCAGGCAGAGUUGGUCCUUGUUCAGCAGGACGCUGGCUGCACGAUCGCUUUGGAGCCAUGGGCCGCCGGCUCCUGCGCGGUGUCUCUGGAGCCGCAGUCUUCCUUGCCAGUGUGGCUCUCCUCUCCAUGCGGCACCGUGGGGCUCGGGAAGCAGCUCAGUACCCAGGGGUCGGGGAGGGGAUGGUGGAAAAGCCAGAGGAGCAGAGCGAAGGGAGCCCAGAGGGAGCUGGUGGCAGGGGGCAGAAGGACCUCAGACUCCAUCCUCCGGAGGUGUACAGGACCGAGGGAAGCUUGACGCUGGGGGACAUUUUCAUAGCUGUGAAGACAACCAAGAGGUUUCACCAGAGCAGGAUGGAGCUGCUCCUGGACACGUGGAUAUCCCAGGCCAGCGAACAGACCUACAUCUUCACUGAUGAAGAAGAUGGUGCCUUGAAAAGGAGAAUGGGUGGCCAUGUGAUCUUCACCAACUGCUCUGCCGAGCACAGCCACCUGGCCCUGUCCUGCAAGAUGGCUGCGGAGUUUGACGCCUUCCUGGCCAGCGGCCUAAGCUGGUUUUGCCACUUGGAUGAUGACAACUAUCUGAACCCUCGGGCACUCCUGAAGCUCUUGUCCUCCUACGCGGAGACAUGGGAUGUUUACCUGGGCAAACCCAGCCUGAACCGACCCAUCUGGGCCUCAGAAACGCUGCCAAACAACCAGACGAAAUCUGUGCGCUUCUGGUUUGCCACAGGAGGGGCUGGGUUCUGCAUCAGCCGCAGGCUGGCAAGGAAGAUGGUGCCCUGGGCCAGUGGCAGGAACUUUGUGAGCACUUCUGAGCUCAUCCACCUGCCAGAUGACUGCACCGUGGGUUACAUCAUCGAGUGCAAAGUUGGUGGGCAGCUGAUUCCCAAUUCGCUCUUCCACUCCCACCUGGAGAACCUGCAGCUCAUCCCCACCUCUCAGCUCAUGCAGCAGGUCACCCUCAGCUAUGGUGUGUUUGAGAACAAGCUCAAUGUCAUUGAGCUCAGCGGUCCCUUCUCGGCCCAGGAGGAUCCCUCAAGGUUUCGAUCCCUCCACUGCCACCUGUAUCCUGACACUUCCUGGUGCCUGCAGGCUGUUGACUGGUGA